AUGCCAUUGUUCUCAUCAACGGAUGUCAUCGUGGAAAAUCGUUUCCAAAUUACCACCCUGAACUCCUUGGCCUUUCCCGAUGAUUAUUUGGUGGCCCAGGGACCCAGAUCUUCGAUUGUCAAGUCCGAGAAAUUUUUCAAUAAUACCUUGACAGCCAAUUCGGUGGACACAGAUGGCCACAUCAAUGAACGAAACCCGGUGGAUGCCAUUACUCUAAUGCAUGGCCAGGAAUGGCUGGGCUCGCCAGUGUUCAAUCAAUUGGAAGUGUCGGAAGUUUUGGAGUUAAAUGGCACUGCCCAUGGGCGUAAUGUGGCGAAUUUCCCUCAAAACCCCACCCUGGAGGAGGCAAACAUCAUUGAGGCUGCCUGUGUUUUUGAUGAACUGCAGGUUAAUGGACCCAUUGUAAUCAAAGGAGACCUCGAUGACAAACCCUUGGGAGAGCUGCUGAGAGAGAUUGUGCAAAAACCCGACAAUCCCAAUGAGGAUAUUGUGGUCAGCUCCCGGAAAUCCUUUAACCUCAUACGUAUGCCCAUUGAUUUUGAACUGGAGGAGAAUAAGAUCAAUGAUAUCCCCACCGAGAAAUUUGUCACAAUCCAUACUCAACAGGUUUUGGAGCUGGAACAGCUAGAAGGAUAUGUGUAUUUCUAUAACCUAACCGUCAAGGGGCUCUAUGAUGGUUUGAGGAUCCAAGAUGUGGCCCAAGAGGUUAUCAGUUUGGAUAAGCCUUUGGAUUUGGGUGCCACCCAAUUGAUAUUUGAGGGAGAAUUGCAGGCGGACUCCUUGGUAAUAUUGGAUAAAAUCAAUGGUUUAAAUAUCAAGGAUAGCCUGCAGACUCUCAACGAGGAUUUGGUGGUGGAGACGGCAGAAUUUGAACAUCUGCAGGCCACCACAGCGGAGUUUGCCAAUGACAUUGUGGGUCCUGGCAAGCUGAACAACAUUGAACUGCAUGACUUUGUCAAGGAUCGGGCCUGGCAUGAACCUGCAGUACAGGGUAAUCUUUUCCUCAAUGAGUUACAGGCCCAUCAGGGUCUCCAGGCCGAUGAGCUGCAUGGCAUAAAUGCCGAAUAUUUAUUGGAUUUUCUGCAAAGGAUUGAAGAGCUGCCCGAAAUGGUGCUCAAUGGCCAGAUCCAGGUGGAUCACAUCACAGUCACAGGAGAUGUCCAGGUCCAUAAGCUAAAUGGUCAGCAAUUCGAUGAGGACAUACAAAUGUCGGUGAUCUGGCUCAAUCGACCCAAUCACCUGACCAGCAACUUGACCUUCAAAAAUCCCUUGGAUAUACAAGCCAAUCUGGAGGUCAAGGGAAAAUAUCAAGGACUUCCCUUGCCUGAGUUCUUGGAAGACAUGGUCUUGCGGGACUCAAACCUGUCCUCACACAUCAUAACAGCUCCCAAAAGUUUCAUAAAACCCGUCUAUGUUCUGGGAAAUACCCAAGUGGAGGCCAUCAAUGGAGUGCCCUUCCACAACAUUGCCUUAAAGACCCGGGAGAAUAUUUUCCCAGGCUCUGUGAAAAUCAAAGGAAAGCUCAUCACACCCCACCUAGAGGUCCAGGGUCGGGCAAAUGAUAUGGAUUUUGAAAACUUACAGGAGACUCUUUACUACGAUCCCAAGGAGCAAAACUUUGUACUCAAAGGCCUUGUGGAAUUCGAUCAACCCUUGGUAGUGGAAGAUCUCAGCGUCCUGGGAGACUUCAUGGAACUACGAAACAUUUCUGAUUUCUUUGAUAACAUAAUCUACAAAUCUCAGCCCUGUCAUUUGCAGGGGCAGAAUAAUUUCACCGGAAGGGUCUCCAUUACCCAGGGGGCCUAUAUUGAGCAGCUCAACGAUUUGAAUUUGCGGCAACUUUUUGAGAAACUCAGCUUCAUUCAGGGUGCGGAACCCCUGGUCAUUACCUCGCCUUUGCUAUUUAAGGCCCCCACCAAGGCCAAACAGAUUUCCAUACACAAAUCGCUAAAGACCCAGAAAAUUAAUAAUUGUUCCAUUGCGGAUUGGUUAAAUGAUACGCUGAGAUUGGAUCAGGAUCAAUAUAUUCCACAUUAUUUACACUUUGCCCCCGGUUCGCUGGAUGGCAACUCUCUAAAUGUUGCCUUCAUUAAUCACUUGGAUCUGUCGCGCAUCAUAACCCUGAACACACCACAGAUUUUCAAUGAAUCUCUGCAAUUUUCCGAGCUUUACCUUCACGAUGGCUUCAUAGAGGUUAAUGGUUCCGUGAAUGGCCUAGAUUUGGAAGAGGAGUACAAUAAUACGCUAAUGAUCUAUGGCGGCCAAUCGAUUACCACACCCCUAACAAUUCAAUCUCUAAAGGUCUUAGAGGAUCUCCAGAUCUUGGCCCAAGUCAAUGGCAAUAAAAAUCUCAGUGAUGUGGCCACAUUGGAGGAGAAUUUGGUUUUGGAAUCACCGGUCUAUUUCCAUUCCCUCUAUAGUCCUCAAGUGAUAACUACAGAUUUGGUGACGGGUAUUGAUUUGGAGAAAUGGUUUCAAAAUUCUCUAAAGACCCUCUACCUGGAAAAGCAGAUUGUCACAGGAAAUUGGUCAGCCAAAAGUUUGACGGUGAAGCAGGACCCAAAUGAGUUCGCGUAUUCCGCAUAUGCCACCUAUGAUCCCUGGACUUAUGAUCAGUUUAUUAGAUAUAGAAGAGGAGUAUUGGGCGGGGGAAAAAUGGAUGGCGAAGUAUGUGAAAUGUUAAGGAAGUUAUGGCUGAAAAUUGCCCUGAAAUCGGUGAAAGUUCGGUAUGUGGAGGAAAGUUUUUCCAUGGAAUUGGAUAAUUUGAGGAUAUUGGAGAAUAAAAUCGCAGCCAGAAGGAGGUUCUUCCACAUGUCCCACAAGGGGGAGCAUUAUUUGUUGCUCAACGAAGAGUGCAGCUCCAGAAUAUAUCAAUGGACGGCAAAGGAUGAGGGAUUUAAAUAUCUCCAUUCCUAUGAUUCUGGACCCAUUGCUGAGGUCGUUGUUGUCCCAAAUCCAAAUUCAACGGAGCUACAAUUUGUGACGAAUUAUGAAAGCAGCGAACCCUUGAAUUGUUCCCUCAGCAAGGGCAUAACCGUGUGGAACUCCCGAGAUAAUGAAACUUCGCCGGAGAGAUUUUAUUUCGAAGAUGUUUGGGAUAUCCAGAGAUCAAAUAAUUCAGGAUCUUCCAUUCUCGUUUUAAACCGAGAUGUGGUACGAGAAUUGGAUUUGGCCAGCUUUGAGACCCUAAGGAAAUGGAGAAUCCAAUUUAAGGAACGGGUUCCGAGUCGUAAUUACCGUUUCGUAAAAUUAUCCACCAGAUGCCCAUGUCUUUUGAUCACCAACGGGGUGGAGAUUGUCCCGCUGACGGAAAUUAAAAGGAAAACGAAAAUUAAAAAGGACCUGGAGGAUAGUGAUGAUGAUUAUGGCGAAUAUCAGGAUGAGCCAUCCUAUGUCCAAAUACCCUCCACUCUGGAGUUAUUUGAGUACGAAAGUCUGUCGUUUUUAAAACCCAAUGAAUCUGAGGCACAUACCCAGCGAUUCUCUGAUUUCCCUUGGGCCCUUGAACGCCUGCUGCUCGGCUUGAGCAAUAAAUUGAAUCAGCAGAUUAACAUCACCCAACUAAGCAUACCCGAAUCGGAUCUCUUUGAUGAGUUUUUAAUACCAGAUUUUAUUGGAAUUAUGGAAGAACUGGAGCAGCAGGAAAUCUACGAUAAGAAGCUGCUCAAUAUAAGCUUCAGUAAUGUAUCCUUACCCGAAACGCCAGGGCAAGUCUUGACUGGUCAUGUUUUGCAAAUUGUCUGGCCAGUUGCGGAGCAGUUCCAUGAGAUGCAGGUGCAUAGUAAUGGGACCCUGAAUCACACCCUAUAUAAGGAUAUUCAAAAUUCCUUUGCAUUCUUCAUUACCUCAAUUUUGAGGGAGAACAGAACCCAAGAUUCCUCAGCCGAUCUCUUUGCCACAAUACAAAAUAUACGAAACUUUGAUCAAACCCUCCACAUGUUUUUAGGAGAACUUAAAAACCUCUCACGAGAAAAGGAAGCUGGCGAAAAACUCUUAUACUCCUCCACAAAUCUCAGCGAAAGGAUAUUUACCAAUAUCCCCCCGGCUAGCCAACAAAAACCUCCUCGAACACCCGAACUGAUCUCCCUGCAAGUGGGUGGAAUCAACAACUCCCGACCCCUAUUGGCCCUGACAAAACUUUCCACAGCCACUCUCAUUCCAGGACAGGAUGCAGCCAUAUAUUUAUAUGAACAAGAUUUCCAGGAUAAUCCCCUACAAAUUAUACCCGCCCAAGAUCCUCACUCUGUGAUCCAACUGCGUUUGAAGCAGGAAACUUUACUCGCCUUUGUCGACAACUGUUGUGAAAUACAAAUAUGGCGUUACCAGGGUACCAAGGGUUUUGUCCUCCUAACCAAAAUCUCACAGGACAAGGAGAUUCAAAAAAUUGCCACAAUGGGUCUGCCGACCCUGGAAGGAGUAAUGAGAUAUUAUUUGGCCAUGCUAACGGGAAAUAAAUUGAAAUUCCAUGAAAUUGUCGUGGAGGGAAUAACAGAACCGCCGCCACCUUUACCAUGUCCCUAAGGGGAUCGGGGAAGUCCUUGUAUAUAUUUUAGGAAUAAGUUGUAGAUACACUUAAGGUUUGUAAAAUAAAAUU